CCAUAAAAGGACGCCUACAUAAUCUCUCUUAACAUGCCAAAGUAACCUACUUCAGUUGGGCAAAUACUUAACUGCUACUGCCCGGAGGCCCCAACAAGUCACAGAGGUGUCUUUCUCUGACUGACUGAGGACGAGCGUGGGCAGGAGGCCCCUCAAGAGUCUUCUCCUUGGGGUUCAACACUGUCCUGGAAAUAGGAACUCCACUGUCGUUAAGAACCAUUCCGCCGCUCUGGAGUGGCUGGGCCACACUGAUCCCAGGCUGUCUACACACAGACUGUGAACACCAAUGAUGGAUACAAAACUGGACAACAAUUUUACAAUAGUCUUUGCAGCUUCUCAGGGCAACGACUGUGAUCUCUAUGCACACCACAGCACAGCCAGGAUACUAAUGCCUCUGCAUUACAGCAUUGUCUUCGUAAUUGGGCUUGUAGGAAAUGUGCUAGCCUUGGUUGUCAUUAUUCAAAACAGGAAAAAAAUCAACUCUACUACCCUAUAUUCAACAAACUUGGUGAUUUCUGAUAUACUUUUCACCACUGCUCUGCCUACACGGAUAGCCUACUACGCCCUGGGCUUUGACUGGAAAAUCGGCGACGCCUUGUGCAGGAUAACUGCGCUGGUAUUUUACAUCAAUACAUACGCAGGUGUGAACUUCAUGACCUGCUUGAGCAUUGACCGGUUCUUUGCUGUGGUGCACCCUCUGCGGUACAACAAGAUGAAAAGAAUUGAACAUGCAAAAUGCAUUUGCAUAUGUGUCUGGAUUCUAGUAUUUGCUCAAACACUCCCGCUACUCAUAAAACCUAUGUCAAAGCAGGAGGAAGAAAGGACUACAUGCAUGGAAUAUCCAAACUUUGAAGAAACAAAAUCUCUUCCCUGGAUGCUGCUUGGUGCAUGUUUCAUAGGAUAUGUGCUUCCUCUCCUGAUCAUUCUCAUCUGCUACUCUCAAAUCUGUUGCAAACUCUUUAAAACUGCCAAACAAAACCCACUAACUGAGAAAUCUGGUGUAAACAAAAAGGCUCUCAACACAAUUAUUUUUAUAAUUGUUGUGUUUGUUCUCUGUUUCACACCUUACCAUGUUGCAAUUAUUCAACACAUGAUUAAGAAGCUUCAUUUUCCUGGUCUCCUGGAAUGCAGCCAAAGACAUUCGUUCCAGAUCUCCCUGCACUUUACAGUAUGUCUGAUGAACUUCAAUUGCUGCAUGGACCCUUUUAUAUAUUUCUUUGCAUGUAAAGGGUAUAAGAGAAAGGUUAUGAAGAUGUUGAAGCGUCAGGUCAGUAUAUCAAUUUCCAGUGCCGUGAGGUCAGCCCCUGAAGAAAACUCACGUGAAAUGACAGAAACUCAAACAAUGAUACAUUCCAAGUCUUUAAACGGAAAGUAAAAAGGAAUUAAAUCUUGGGUUUACAGCAAAGUAGAUUGUAUGACAAACUUUGCCGGACUUUUCUCAUAAAGCAAAAUGAUUGUUCAACUUCCAAUAAGGAUUCCUGUAAAUUCCUUUCGUUGGGCAUUAGCUCCCACCUCCAACUUGGAAGAAAACUGAUGUGUAUUAUUUUCUACACUCAAGAAAAUAACAUAAAGCAAAGUUCUAAUUUGUAAGUGAAAUACUAUACCAAAAGGGAGGCUAUUUUAAUAAGUCUCUGUAGAGUUUUAUAUAAAAUUAAGAAAAUUCUUCAUAAAAAAUUAAAAAUUACAGCAUCACGUACUUCCUGCCAAUAAUUUGGCAAAAGAAAAGGCUGUAAGAUUGUAUACUGCCCAUGUAAAAAUGUCAAUAUUGUAACAUGUUUCUUUCUUUUUGGUAACAUAUUUCUUUAAUCCCUACUUCUUUCAGUCUUAAGACUUUUAUCUCCUCAAUAACAUCAGCAUUUUGUUUUGUUUUGUUCUGAGUCAUAAUAUUUUGUUUCAAAGAACUCUUUUGGAAUAAAGAACAGGAUGCUACAAAA